AUGUAUGCUAAGCAAGCGGAGAUUUUUCACAAAAAUUUGAAAAUCAAAGAACCUUUUAAUGCAUCCAGUGGUUGGUUACAUCGAUUCAAAAAACGUCACGGAAUUCAUGAGCUUACCAUCCAAGGCGAAAAGCUCAGUGCCGACGGAGAAGCAAUGGUGGAACUUUGCUAUAAGCUGGAGGCUAUAAUUACAGAAAAUAAUUUACAACUUUCUCAAAUUUAUAACGCUGAGGAAACAGGAUUAUACUGGCAAGCAAUACCUAAAAAAACUUUAGUUGCAGGUAAUGAGAUGAGUACACCUGGGUAUAAAAAAUGUAAAAAUAGGAUAAUCGUUUUGUGUUGUGCCAAUGCGUCUGGCAGCCAUAAAUUGAAGCUGACUGUGAUUGGAAAGUCAAAAAAUUCUUGCGAUUUUAAAAAUAUGAAACGACAGAACCUCCCAGUUCACUAUUAUAAGCAGAAGGCUGCCUGGAUAACUUGUGACAUUUUCAAAGACUGGUUCCAUGAAAAGUUCAUUCCUGAAGUAAAUAUAUAUUUAAAGAAAGAAAAAUUACCACAAAAGGCGGUUCUUCUUCUGGAUAAUGCUGGUGCUCAUCCCAAUCAGGCGACCCUAAGAUCUGACAAUGGAAAUUUCUUUGUUCUUUUUUUUCCAGUUAAUAUUACAACCAUUGCUCAACCAAUGGAUCAAGAUGUUAUUACGACAAGGAAACGACUAUACCGAAAAGAAUUUAUGAUGAACUUGUUGGAUGAAGUUUUGGAAAUCAUUCACCAUACAAGAUGCAAUUUUUACAGUAGCAAAUGCAUGGAAUGGGGUGAAAGAGACUACUAUCAAAAGAGCUUUUUACAAAAUAAUGACGCUAGAGGAACAUGA